AUGCGUUAUAAAAUGAAGCCAUUACGAAUCCUCGUCAUCUUAUCCCGAAAAAGUAAAAAAUUUUACUUGAAACUCACAUUGGCAAUUACACUUAUAUACAUGAUUUUCGACAAAUAUUACUGUCCAUUUCUCGAUGCAAUCACAACUAAAUCAAUUCCUGAUCUGAAUGAACUCAAAAUUUAUAAAUACGAUACUUUUCGUUCUUCAACGUCCAACAGAGAUCUAAUCGUAAUAAUGACUCCAAAAUUUUCUUCAUAUCUUAUUCCACGAUUGGAACAACUUGAUAUUCGUUUAGCGGAUAAUUUCGCUACACCAUUACUUAUCAUGCACAAUCAUCAUUUACAUGAAAAUGACUUGAUUUGCAUCAAUAAGACAAUUAAACGUGAAGUGAUGUUUCUUGACAUUAGCAUUGCCUUCAAUUUAUUUCCAUCGAAUUUCGAUUCGUGCCGAACGAGAUCAUCGUGGUGGCGUCGAGGCAAAUGGAACUAUCAACUCAUGAUACGCUUUUGGUUUAAAAUCCUUUUUGAAUUACCUCUAUUUAAACACUACGAGUACAUUAUGCGUCUAGACGAUGAUUCGCAAAUUCUCGGUCCAUGGAUCAAUGUAUUUCAUGAAAUGCGUACUAAAAAAGCAGUCUAUUUUGCCAAUGAUCAAGAUGUUGAUCUGGAAAAGUCAUUACCGGGACUAAUGAAACUACAAUAUACGGCAUUCAAAUAUAUUAUACUGAACAAUAUUACAGUAAAACAACCGGAAAUGAUACGUGAUGGAUUUGGUGAAGAUUACAUUCGAAACUAUUUCAAUAAUUUUGAAGUGAUGAGAAUGGAAUUUUUUCGAAGGCCAAAUGUUCGUCAAUGGAUCGAUGAAGUCGAUCACACUCAUGGCAUCUUGAAAUACCGAUGGGGAGAUGCAACAUUACGAUACAUUACAUUAGCCAUAUUUGCGACAUCAAAUGAAGUUUUACAUCGACAAGAUUACAAUCUUUCCUAUUGCCAUAAAUGCUAG